GCGCUGCCGGGGGCCGCGGGCCGCUGCCGGCCGCCCGGGCGCCGCGGGCCUGAGGAGGAAGGAGGCGGCGGUGGCGGCGGGCGGGGGGGUCGCGGCUGCAUCCGCUCGUUCCGCGGCCGAGAGAGGCGUCUGUGGGCCCUCCCUCCUCUCCUCUCCCUCCUCCUCCUCCUCCCGCCGCUCCUCCCGCCGCGCCGGGAGCUGCCGCCUCCUCCCCAGCGCCGGGCGCGCCGCGGUCGGGGUCGCAGCCGGCGGCCGCGGGAUUUUCCUCGUUUGUUUGGGCCUUUUGUGUCGGGGCUCACAGUUGGCUAAGCACGGCCGGGCUGAAUCGGGCCAUUGUUCGGGACCCCCGAGCUCCCACGCUGCACAUCUCUCGUCCCCAGCCCCCCUCCGGCUCCCCCUCCCCCCCGUUCCUUUUUUUGCCUGAGAAGCCACAUAACGUGCCUUUCCUCCACGCAAAUCUGGGAGCUAUAAGCCGGACCGAUUGCAAAUGAAGUGUAAUGCAUUGUGGGACGUGUGUAAAAUUGGAUCAUUCGAGGGAGAGAAAAAAAAAAAAGGAAGGGACCUGCGGCUGGCGCCCUAGAAGAGGGAGCGGCGCGAUGCGCGCAGGUUGCGGCCCGGCGGUGGCCGCGCUAGGCUGAUGGCCGGCAGCGCGCAGCCCUGACCCGUGCUGCGGCGCGAGGAGCAGGCUCGGCCGUCCUCAGCAUGAAGAAGACGCGGAGUACGACCUUGCGGCGGGCCUGGCCUAGCUCCGACUUCUCCGACCGGGCCUCAGACCGCAUGAGGUCCCGCAGCGAAAAGGACUACCGACUGCACAAGCACUUCCCCCCAGCUUUUAUUUCCCAGGCAUCACGGGGCUACAUGACAUCAGCUAAUAGCUGGUUAAUGAAUAGCCCUGACUGUUGCAAGGUUACAAGAAUGAUGCAUCCAAUACAAGAGAGGCAUUUGGAACAUGGGGACAUUUCCAGUGGUGAUGUAUCACCCAUCAGCAUGUCUCCCAUCACUCAGUCACAGUUUAUUCCACUUGGGGAAAUCCUUUGCCUGGCCAUCUCAGCAAUGAACUCUGCCCGGAAACAAGUCACACAAGAAGCACUAAUGGAGCACCUGAGCACCUGCUUCCCAGGAGUUCCAACACCCAGUCCAGAAAUCCUUCGACAUACUUUGAACAUGCUUGUACGGGAGAGGAAAAUAUACCCAACUCCGGAUGGUUAUUUCAUUGUAACCCCACAGACUUACUUUAUAACGCCAUCUCUCAUAAGAACUAACAGUAAAUGGUACCAUUUGGAUGAGAGGAUACCUGACAGGUCUCAAUGUACCUCUCCACAACAAGGAACUAUAACUCCCUCCACCUCGGGAUGUGUCAGGGACCGAACACUACCCAAAAACCACUGCGACUCCUGCCAUUGUUGCAGAGAAGACAUGCACAGCAUGCAUGCAUCCACCCUGCAGAGGAAAUCAGCAAAAGACUGUAAAGACUCAUACUGUCCUCCUUCAUUAUGUCAGGUCCCACCUACUGAGAAAAGUAAAAGUACUGUCAAUUUUUCAUAUAAAUCAGAGACACUCACAAAGCCUAAGGAUGUAGAAAAGCAGUCUAAGAAAUUUGGACUCAAAUUAUUCCGAUUAAGUUUUAAGAAGGAUAAGACCAAACAGUUGGCAAAUUUCUCUGCCCAGUUUCCUCCAGAGGAGUGGCCGCUAAGGGACGAGGACACCCCUACCACUAUACCUAGAGAGGUAGAAAUGGAGAUUAUUAGGCGCAUUAACCCAGACUUGACUGUGGAAAAUGUCAUGAGACACACUGCACUAAUGAAGAAACUUGAAGAAGAAAAAGCUCAACGAAGCAAAGCAGGGUCUUCAGCUCACCACAGUGGACGAAGUAAAAAGAGCAGGAAUCAUAGAAAGUCUCAUGGGAAAUCGAGGUCACACAGCAAGACCCGGGUGUCCAAAGGAGACCCAUCAGAUGGCUCUCAUUUGGAUAUACCUGCUGAAAGGGAGUACGAGUUCUAUGAUCCCUUGACUCGAUCGCCACGGGAAGGGUGUUUUAUAAUAGAGCACAAGGGAGAUAAUUAUAUAAUGCACAGCAAUCCUAACAUGAUUGAAUCUCACUUUCCCAUGACACCAGAGUGGGAUGUGUCUGGUGAACUGGCCAAAAGAAGAACUGAAAUGCCUUUCCCUGAACCUUCCAGGGGAAGCUCCCACUCCAAGGUCCAUCGGAGCCAUAGCCAUACGCAGGAUAGACGAUCAAGGAAUGAGCGGUCCAGUAAGGCUAAAGAAAGGUCUAGAUCCAUGGAUAACUCCAAGGGGCCUCUGGGCUCAGCGACUUUAGGCACACCUGAAGAUAUAGGUGAAGGCUGCAGCCCAGAUGACCAAACAACUAGCCAAACCUACAUUGAUGAUAGUACCUUAAGGCCAUCUCAGUCGCUCAGUCAUCAAAGGGCUCUGAUUUCAUCCGCAAGCUACAAAGAGACUUGCAUCCCUGAAAUAGCCGGGGGCAGUGCAGAAACCCCCAGUUCUUGUAGCCUAUUGGAACAAGGCAAGCCUACAGAGAAUUUGCCAUCAUAUAGUGAGCUCAACUCCUGCACAACAAAAUCUGCAGUUGAUGACUAUUUUCAGUGCAACACGUCCAGUGAGACUGUGCUUACCGCUCCAUCACCACUGGGAAAGAAUAAAGAGGAUCAUGAUACGCUAACAGGGACAGAUGGGCUAAAAAAAAUGACUCCCACAGAAAGACAGUCUCAACAUAUUGCUAGGGAGCCUGGGGUGCACAAGGAGGAGUCCCCAAAGGGCCCAAGCAGUGGCUCAGUGAUUGCCGGCCAAACUCCAGAGGUGAUUGCUAACGGGCGGCUGGUUCAGCACCAUAGCACUGAAUCAAGCAGCCUUGAUAAAAGGAAAGAAAUAUUUAGCAAGGAUACACUCUUUAAGCCUCUGCACAACACUCUCUCUGUGAAUAGUUAUCAUAAGUCUAACACCCCUCUGCUAAAGCCCCAUCAAAAGACCCCCUCUGACACAUUGCCUGUCAGAUGUGAGAAACUUGAACAAGCGAUGGUAACCUCAGUCACACAAGUCAUGCCUGUUUCUCAGAGACAGCAGGAGACAGCCGGGAACCAGGAGGCCUCCUUUGACUACUACAACGUAUCUGAUGAUGAUGACUCAGAGGAAGGAACCAACAAAAAUGCUGAGGAAGAAAAGAACAGGGAUGAUGUUGGUACCAUGCAAUGGCUCCUAGAGAGAGAAAAGGAAAGGGAUCUACAGCGAAAGUUUGAGAAGAAUCUUACUCUUCUCACCCCGAAGGAAACAGAAAAUAGCAACAACCAGAGAGCCACCCACUCAGCCCGCCUGGACAGCAUGGACAGCAGCAGCAUUACUGUGGACAGCGGGUUCAACUCUCCACGUACUCGUGAGAGCCUGGCAUCCAACACUUCAAGUAUUGUUGAAAGCAACAGACGCCAGAACCCCGCUCUGAGCCCUGCACACGGCGGCGCAGGCCCCACGUUCAGCUUCCGAGCCACUGCAGACCCGCCCACGAGCGAGGCUGAGAAACUGCAGAAACCUGGUAACUGCCUGCAAGCUUCUGUCACUAGUGUCUGAUAGUCAGCCUGCCUCAGAUCGUCUGUCUCAUCCUAUACAGCAAAGUUUACCACACUGGGACUGAUGUUUACAUCUUUGGGGAAAAGUAAAGCAAGCAUCUCAACCACAGUUUUAGUGUUCACUUAAACUGUGCUGCUACGUAGACUAGGGGCAACAAAGAAAUCUUUAUUUCAAGGUAUUGCUUUUCACAUUUGCGGCUCUGUAGCAACAGAAUAGCAGUAGGGAUAAUAUGUACACUUUUUGCUUCACUUAAUUGUAACUGAGCACAUAUAUGAAAGUCUAGACACUGUAAGUGUAAUCUGCAUUUUCAAUGUCCAUGCAGUUGCCAACUUCAUUUAAAAAAUGCCACAGAUGUGUGAUGCCCCUGGUCAGAGGCUAAACUCUGCUGCAGAGUUCAUCAUUUUUUUCUUCAAAAACUGAGCCACUGCUGAAAGUAACCAGCCAGGAUCACCAUGAGGAAAAACAAUGCCAAACAUGACAAGUCAUGACCUCAGCUCUAUAUGUGAAUUAUUAAUACUAACCAGUCAUUUUCACUGUGCAUUUUUGUGACACAAUUUUACAAAUACCUAGUUAAGAGAGUAAAAGGAGGUUUGGGGUUUGUUUUGAUUUGCUUUUUUUCUAGGUAUGGAGGGUGGGAAGGGAGGCAGCUCCUCCUUUUGUUUCAAACUACGAGAGAUGUUUACUAAAUGAGACCUGCUACUUGACUUCCAUAGUCACCCGUGAGGAGGUGGGCCUUUGCAGAGUGGGGGGAGUGGGGAGGGAAGGGAAAGAUGUAACUGUCAUGGAGCCACCAUGUGGAGUGACACGAAAUAUAUUAAAUGUCUUCAGUAUAAUUCACUUAUUUUAAAAAGAUAAUCUAAUUCUUGUGUCACUUCUGGUAUUGCAACUUGCCAUUAAUAUAGAAAUCAGGAUAACUAAUUUCUUGGGACAAAAAUAUCCUUUAUGAUAUAAAUGACAAGUAUGGCCUGAAGAAUUGAUUUCUUUCUAGUGGAAGGACAUAAAUCUAUUUUAUGUAGCUUAUUAAAUAGAGUGCCUAAAUUAGGCUAUUAAAAAUAGCAUACAGUGUAAUGAUUAUCAGAGAACAAAAUUUAGAGAAUUAUAAACUUCUGGCCUUUUUAUUCAGUGGAUGUUAUUUGCAAUUUACCAUUUUAUGGACAUGUCUGGUUUCUAGAAAUUCAAUGUGUCCACUUGGUUUGCAGUAGAAAUCUGAGUCCUGCAGGCACGGUACAUCCUAAUUGCUCUCCCUAAACUGUUACUCCAAUGUAAUUAGUACUAUGCUAAUUACUGCAGAGUAAAUUCUACAGAUAGUUAAACUCCAAGAGUAAUUUUAGGUAUAGGGUCACAUUCUGCUCAUGCAACCUGGUAGUGCAACAAACUGACUUUUUUUAUCAGAACAGACAAAUUGGUGGAAUAAUAACAAAGAUACUAAAAUGUGCAACAGCCCAAAUUGUUCCAUAGAAAAGGGACAUUUACCCUGUCUAGCUCUUGUAGUACACAGGUAUGAAACCCAACUGUACAUAUGAAAACCCAGUAUUUUCAUCAGGUUCUGGUGACAUUUAUUACUCUGUAUACAAAGUCAUUUGAGCUUCACUUAUGUUCUCUAUUGUGAUCGGAAGUCUUUACUGACAAUUCAGCCUUAUGUUACACCAUGGGAUAUCAAUCAUUUGCUUAUGAAACAGCUUUCUAACUCUGGACACAAUCAGUUCUGUCAAGAACACACAGCCAAUGCACAGGUCUGUUUUCAUGGAUUUCAGUGUAUAAUUUCCAUUUCAUAGGAGCAAUAAGACCUUUCAGUGCACACAAAGGAAAUUAUUGUGCUUUUGGUUGGUUAUCAAAGUCACUUGGCCUUUAGCCUUCUGCCUUAUCAUACCUUCCAAGAUGUGCUCUAAUUACCAUAUAAUGCUUUGCAUGAUGCAUCUUCUUAUUCGAUAUGUAACUCCAGCCGUACUUAUUCCAUGCGAACUGUAGAGUCAGAGUUCUUGUGGGGAAUUGUCAUAUACUAUGCAGUGGCUGACUGUGAUUUUGUUUCUGAGAUGAGCUCUGACAUCAGUAGUAUGUAUCAAUUCAGUAAAUAGAAAUGUUGAAAUGGUAAAAAAAUUUACAGUGAUGAUCUGAAGUACUAAUGGCAGUAUUAAAAUGUGAAGAGCAGAAACAGGUGUCACCUUUGGAGAAAUAAUUGUUUGUCAUAAGCUAACCAGAAUUUGUGCAGGCAGCUGGUUGUACAGAAGACAUAAUUCCAACAAAAUGUGAUAGUACAUACCUAUAAACUGUAUAGUAUGUUAUUUCCUAAAGUUCCCAGAGACCAGCAGACAACAUAAAUGUCAUAUUAAUGUUGACAUGGCAUUGUACCAAUAUUAAUGUGACUCUUGGAAUAUGGAAUGUAAACAGAAGUUUCAAAUAGAAACGUUCUAAUCUUGAUUUUCUUUUUUCCUUUUAAAAUCAACAAUGGAAAAUAAGAAAAUUCCAUCUUGAGGUUCUGGUAACAAAACCACGAGAGUGGAGCUUGAGUGCUUUAUGUCACCCUAAUCCUUUGAUGAAAUCAUAGCCUUGUAUUAUGUGGUUGCUUAUCUAUCAUUCUAAUGUAUCAAUUUAAAGGUUUACAGAGUUAGAUUAGGUUGAAUCUGUGUUGUGUUCAACUGUAAAGGGUCAACACAAAUCUGUCGGCAUUUUGCACACUUAAUAUGUAUUAUUAUAAUACAACAUGUUACUUUUAUGGUAAUUUUUUUUACACAUAUAACUACCUCCAUGAAUUUGAUGAAAUGCAGCAACAUGAAAAGUGUAUUGUACAAAGCAAGAUUAGAAACUUUGAAGCAUUAGGUCAUGGCGUUCUCUUGUGUGUCAAAGCUUGCAUAUGAAGUCAUCAUGUUUCCAUUGCCACAAUUUCCUUCUACAAUGUUAAAAAGAUGGCUUUCAGAUGAGUCACUUAAGACUUUGACAAGGCUGCAUAAUUGGGAUAAAAGUGAAAGGGAGGCUGAAACCUUCCAUCCUCUCCCCCAGUUACUGCUAAAAUUUCUGCCUGGUAGAACUUGAAAAUGUAUUUGUAAUUUAGCAAAUUAGAAACAUCUACAGUCUGUGAAAUAUGAUUGACAGUUUGGGGUUUAACAGAAGACACUCUGGGUAUUUUCUUGGCAGCCUUCAGAUACUUGGGGCCCUGUUCUGCCUCCAUCUUUGUCAACAUUAGUACGUCAUGGUUUCUCUGAACUGGCAAGGGUGUUAAAACAACUCUUCCUUUAAUGAUGUGCACUCUGGUCUCUAGAUUGUGUGCAUCUAAAACAUUUGCUCCUAUAGAAAUUACCAACAGCCUUUCACUGACGUUGCUGGGAGCAGUAUUAGGGUCCCUACUCAAGGUAUGUGCCUGUUGUUCAAAGUACAUGGGCAAGUUUCCAAGAGAAGUUAAGCUGGCUUUUGAAAAGUAGCCAGCUGCAACAAGCCACCUUUCAAGAGGGAAGAAAGAAAGAUUUCUCCAAAAACCAAAGGAAGAAAGUGGCAGUUGAACCUAAGCAGAUCACAUUAUAUACAAAUCCCAAUUUAUAAACACCUUUCAGCAAACCUAGUACCAUUAUCCUGAUGCAGAUUAAUAAACAAUCAUCAGUUGAGCUAAUUUUGCCAUUUUAAGUAUUUCAGUUAAAAUUUAGAAGAAAUCAUUAGCAUUUGACUCCCAGCACCACUGUAAAAUGACUGUUAUAUGUGAAACAACAUUAACUCAACUUUAAAAAUAAAAAUGUAUUGGAAAACAAAUAUUUUAAUGAAAACCGUGGCCAAAGUGCUUGCCAGCAGUAGUCAUUGUUAGGAAAGAGAACAAGCAAACCAGUAUUCAGAGGCCAUCAUGAACACAGAUAAUACUUUGCACUUAAAUCACACCUUUUUGCCUGAGGGUCUUGAAGCACUUGCCUGUGAGGUAGGCAGAGUUCACUGACCCUACUUUUUGUCGGCCCAUUGGAAAAAGCAAAGGCUAAGAGUCUGCAGACUAAUUUAUUAACCAGUUGCUUUUUUAAAGUGACUGAAGUAAGUUAACCAAAGUGUUUAAUGUUUAUAUUCUGAAAUUAUUCUUUUGACGCAUUCAGUUUGUUUAAGCAAGAAACUACUUUACAGCCCUGUAGACACUCUUGGAUUAGCAGUUCCAAAAACAGUUUUGCAGUCAUAUGAGUACUGGCAGCAGUGGUUUUAGAAACAGCCAUGUUAAUUAAAAAUUUGUUUUUCAAAUACAUUUUCUAGUGUUUUUCCCAAACACUUGUUCAAAUUGUUGUGCUGAGAAAGCAAAUAGCACUCCUAAUCUGGUGUCAUACCCACAGUUUACAAUUCUCUUUGCUCUUCUGAAGAAAACUGUACAGUAUUAGAGAGAAAAGUUCUAUUUUUUACAAAAUUCUUUAAAAAAAAGGCUAUAUAUCUAAAGUGUUCCCCCCAGCAUAAGUAAAGUACAUCAUUACUGCAUGCGACACAUGCAGCGGACCCACCAAAAGCCAAGCUGGUGCUAGAAGAAAACGGGACUAUCACAUGUCUUUUAUAGUGGCGCUCUAAACAUUGGUUCCAGUUAUGCUAGUGUGAAUCUGGCAUAACUCCCCUGAUCUCUGAGGAUCUGAGAGAUGGGAAUGGGUCGUUAACUCCAUUGAAGCUCAGUUCUGAGCUGAGGGUUUCCGUGUUCCUCCCCCCGCCCCGAGACACUAAAGGCAGAGACUGAGCAGAGGGCCAUGCACCGGGCUUUGGCAGGGCAGCCUGGGCUGAAUCCCUGCUGGAAUACACCUGGCUUUGGCAGGGCAGCCUGGGCUGAAUCCCUGCUGGAAUGCACCGGGCUUUGGCAGGGCAGCCUGGGCUGAAUCCCUGCUGGAAUGCACAGCCACCCAGCCGGGAUCCGGGCCAGCCGCCAGCGUGCCCCGCCUUGCAAGGGUGAUUCUCCACGUGGUGCACUGCCCUCGGUUAGAGCCACCCAAAGGAUACCCACCCAGAUGUAUGAAAGGGCCCUUGGAGUAAUUGGCACAGAUGUUACUUUUAUGUGUGGAGGAGAUUUUAAGUUUAAAGGGAUCAUAAUUCUGCAGGUAAUUUUCUGUGAGUGACUGAAUGUGGCUGUUGCAUUAGGUUUAAAUGAGUUAAUAAAUGCAAGUGGGACUUACUGUAUGUUAGAAGGGAGUUUUGCAGCCAAGACUGCCUUGUAUAAAUGUGUUUGCACUGAAAAAAAAAUUAAAAAAUUACUUGGUCUCUGGUUGCUGUAAAGGUCAUCCAAGAUGGAUGUUCUGUUUAUAUUGUAUAGUAUUUCAUAUGAAAUAAUUGCAGUUCAUGAAAUGUCUUCCCUAACGUUACUGAUUUAUAACAGCACAUUUGUAACAUGGUUUUUAUUGUGUCAGUGUACCAUAUUGUAAAUGAUGAUUACUUGUCAUGCUUAGUAUAAUAAUUUAAAGGAAAAAAAAGGACAGGGAUUUUUGUAAGUCUAUAUUUGAAAGUCCCUCCAUAUGGUAAUAUUGUGUUCAUGUUGUUUAUGUAGUGUUGUGUGAAAUAUCCAUUUUGGAUUGUGUUACUUUUUAAGAUAUUAAAUAACAUUUGGUUAUA